AUGAGAGGCCCACCACAGACCCGCCUCCUGGCCUUCUCCUUCCUCUGCCUCCUCUCAAAGGUGUGUGCCCAGCUGUGCCCAACACCGUGUGCCUGCCCCUGGCCGCCACCCCGAUGCCCACUGGGGGUGCCCCUGGUGCUGGACGGCUGCAACUGCUGCCGGGUGUGUGCACGGCGGCUGGGGGAGCCCUGCGACCACCUUCACGUCUGUGACUCCAGCCAGGGCCUGGUGUGCCAGCUCGGGGCGGGCCCCGGAGGCCAGGGCGCCGUGUGCCUCUGGGGAGAGGACGACGGGGGCUGCGAGGUGAACGGCCGCUGGUUCCGGGACGGGGAGACCUUCCAGCCGCACUGCAGGGUCCACUGCCGCUGCGAGGACGGCGGCUUCACCUGCGUGCCCCUGUGCGGCGAGGACGUCCGGCUGCCCAGCUGGGACUGCCCGCACCCCCGGCGGGUGGAGGUGCCGGGCCAGUGCUGCCCGGAGUGGGUGUGUGACCAGGCCGGGGCGCUGGGGGGCCAGCCCCUCCUGGCCCAAGGACUCCAGGCGUCCGGCCUUGUGGCUCCGCCUCCGAUGCCGGGGGUCCCCUGCCCAGAGUGGAGCACGGCCUGGGGCCCCUGCUCCACCACCUGCGGGCUCGGCGUGACCACCCGGGUGUCCAACCAGAACCGCUUCUGCAGGCUGGAGACGCAGCGCCGCCUGUGCCUGUCUGCGCCCUGCCCGCCCGCCAGGGGCCACAGCCCCCUCCUCGGGGCCUUUUAG